AGUUGCAAUAGUCAGCGUUCGGUAAUGAGAGGCCCAUGAAAAUAAAUAAAAAUAAAUUUAAAAAAAAAAAAAAAAACCCCUUCUGUUUGUUUCCUUUCGUUUCCUUUCCUCCGAGGAAGACGAAAGAACCGGUAUUUCAUCUGUUGCCAUGGCUUCAGAUUUCGCCUUGAAUGUUCCUGCUGAGCUGGAAUCAGCUCUACGGUUGAAGACCGUACAGUACUUCGUCAUUCAAAGGCCAUGGCUCGAUCUUUAUGGUGUUAAUGUGAGACCGGUUGCACCUUUUGGAAGCGUAAGUAGAAAACCCUAUGUUGAUUCAGCACUCAUACACCGUUGUUUGCCUGAUGAGCUCCUUUUUGAGGUCUUUGCACGGAUGAGUCCAUAUGACAUGGGAAGGGCAUCUUGUGUCUGUCGAAAAUGGAGGUACACAAUUCGUAACCCUGUCUUUUGGCGGAAUUCAUGCUUAAAGGCCUGGCAGCCCACUGGAGUGUUAGAAAACUAUAAGAUAUUGCAAUCAAAAUAUGAUGGUUCAUGGAGGAAAAUGUGGCUUUUAAGACCAAGGAUCCGUACUGAUGGUCUCUAUGUGAGUAGGAACACAUAUAUUCGUGCAGGGGUUGCUGAGUGGAAGAUUACCAAGCCAGUUCACAUAGUAUGCUACUUCCGAUACUUGAGAUUCUUUUCUUCUGGCAGAUUCCUUUACAAGAAUUCUUCUCAAAAGAUCAAGGAAGUGGUAAAAUUCAUGAACUUCCGUGCAUCUAAAGGAGCAGAGUGUGUUUUUGGUGGCCAUUACACUUUGUCUGAUGACAAGGUGGAGGCUGCUGUUUUGUAUCCUGGAAUGCGUCCUACUGUGUUGCGAAUCCGCUUAAGAUUACGGGGAACAACUGCUGGGGCUAACAAUCGGAUGGAUUUGCUCUCACUUGUUACAAGUGGUGUAAACAAUGAUGAGGUUGGAGGCCCUGAUGAGGAUAUCCUUGGAGUGGUUGAAGGGUGGCAGGAUGAUGAAACUCACAACCCAGAUGUGCCUGCAAUCUCACACAAGAGGGGUCUGACACCUUUUGUAUUUGUUCCAUUUGAAGAGGUGGAAACAUCAGUUUUAAAUCUGCCCGUGGAAAAGAUGGAUUAUUACGUACCUGGCUGAUUCCAAUAGCUAGCUAUCAUGUACCAACUACUGUAAGUAUAAAAUAUAUGCCCAAGUUGCAGGGGCAAUUGUAUUGUAUGUGUAAAUAUAAAAAGGUAAUAUAGGGUUAAUUAACAUUUUGAAUUUGAAGGCCAUCCUGCUUUGAAUAAUGUGUGGUGUCGCUGUGUGCUUUCUUGUUCUGUUGCUGCUGUUGCUUCUUAAUCGUUGUAAUGGAAUGUAAAAUAUUACUUUUCCAAUUUGUUCAUUAAUGGAUGAAUUUUUUAAUUCUUAA